AUGCAAAUUCGUCACUAUCACCAGCGCCUACGUCCCUCAAUGACCAGCCCUGAGGAGGCAAAGAACAAAUUCUACGAGAACCAGCACACCCUCCUGGCACCUGUGCCAAAUGUGGAUAAACUGGUUGUCCUUGGCGACUUCAACGCCCGCGUCGGCAAAGACCAUACUGCCUGGGCAAGUGCUGGGUCCGCAUGGUCGCUGCGGCUGUAG